AUGAAGUUUACUGUCUUCGGAGGCAUCGUUGCCGCUUUGUGCCUCGCCCCCUCUGCGGUCGCAGGACCUCCUGCUAUCCCCCAGUCUAGUGGCAUCCCUGGCGCCGCACCUACUGGCCCUUCUCCCGCCGGUGGCUCUUCCUUCCCGUCUGCACCGGGGGCUUCUAGUUUCUCGAUUCUUCCCAACCCGCGACCGACCCCUUCUACUAGCUCUCUUCUGAGUGAGGAGUCGUCGAUGAGAGGGCACUUCCGGCGUACUCAUCCUCGCCAGAUCAAGCCUGCGCAGGCUUAA